AUGUUCGGUUUCUUAUCCGAAAGCAAGGCGAAAUUUCGCAAGUUCUAUUGGUCUCGCGUGGGUUUGUUGUGCUUGUGUUUGCUAUGGUACACAGCAAGUGCGGUGUCCAACACAUCGUCCAAGUCUAUUUUCAACAUCAGCCCUUGCCCGGUGACGUUGACGUUUCUCCAGUUCGGGUUUGUGAUGAUGUUUAGUGCUUUAUUCAUUGGAAUUCGUCGGUUCGUUUUCCAUGGAAAAAGUAUAGAGAAGCCUACCCGCUACGUGUUUACGACAACGCUUCCUUUGAGUGUCUUUCAAAUUGGAGGGCAUGUGUUCAGUAGUCUUGCAAUCACGCGGAUUCCCGUCUCUGUGGUCCACACGGUUAAGGCCUUAUCGCCCUUGUUUACCGUUUUCGCCUACCGUCUCCUGUUCCAUCAUUCGUAUCCUCGCGCGACAUACGUCUCACUCAUCCCUUUAACGGUGGGUGUUAUGCUUGCUUGCUCGUUUCAACUUUCCUCCGACAUUGCCGGACUCACAUUUGCCCUCAUUUCCACUCUUAUCUUCGUGUCACAGAAUAUAUUUGGCAAAAAGAUAUUCACGGAGCCUUCGACGAAGUCACACGACCGCUCUUCCCAUCGUCGCUACGACAAGCUGGAUUUGCUCGUGUACUCGUCCGGAACGGCUUUCUUAGUGAUGGUGCCCGUUUGGCUCUAUAACGAGGGACCAGCCUUUCUGCCGUCUCCUCAUUCAUCUGCCUAUUUCCAGAUUUGGCUGAACGGAUUUUCUCAUUUCUGUCAGAACAUUCUUGCUUUCAUUUUGCUCGGUCUCGUUUCUCCCGUCACUUAUUCUAUUGCGAGUCUCAUUAAGCGAAUUGCCGUGAUUGUCGUAUCCAUUCUCUGGUUUCGGCAACGAACAAAUGCCGUACAAGCAUCCGGCAUUACACUCACUUUCUUCGGUCUUUGGCUGUAUGAUCGUAGCAAGCACAUCGAACGCGUUUCUGUCAGCCAAGGCGUCGAGCUAGAUGCAAAGGCUCGUGCUUUUGAGCGGGAAGCUUUGAAGCUCGAGUCGUAUGAGAAGGAAGUAAGCAAUCGCAGCAGUCCAGUGGACUCUCGUCGUUCUUCCACCAACGUUGCUACUUCUUCCGAUGCUCUUUCAGAGGCCUUUUUACGACCUUUUAUUUUGCGUCCACCCAGCACAAAUCCGAAUGCCCUUGUGACUCCGUCGGCUCCAGUUACGCCAUCCAUUUUGUACAAAAUGGAUGCAGCUGCUUCUGGGGAAAGUUCACCCGCGCCUUACGAGCCCUACACUUCCAAUUUCUCGGAAAACGAGUCGCCCCGAACUCCUAAUAAUCCCGCCAUGGCUGCUAUGUUGGCUGAAAAAUUGGGCAUGCCUAAGCCUGAAAAACCGUGGUUGGAUGAUGCAGUGAGACUCUCGCCCUAA